AUGGAAACAGAGAAGAAAGAGAAGAAAAGUCGGGAACCGAGCGUGAAAGCCAUAGUUGAUGAUGUCGGGCUUACAUUCGCGACGGUAACAGUUGGAGCAUCUGUGUAUUACUUCAGAAAAGGGGCAAACAAUUCGCCCAAAGGUGCUCGCUUUGUUGGAGGAGCACAAGCGGUGAGAAUGAAUGCUCCUCGUCUGGGAGGCAGCUUUGCUGGAGUCAGAGGCUUGUUCUUGACACUCGACCACACACUCAUGUACAUGAGGAACAAGGAUGAUCGAUGGAACUCGUUCGUAGCAGGUGCUGCUUCAACAGGGCUUAUCACAUUCCGAAAAGGCAUUUCUGUAGCUGCUAAAUCAUCACUUGCCGUAGGCCUUUUCUUGGCUUUGGUCCACUGA